AUGAGAAUAAUAGCUCAGAUUUCAUCCCGUUGCAUUAGGAAUGGCUUCUUGACUGGCGGCCCAUUUCAGGCUCCUUAUCUUAUCAAACCUCUCUCUACAAGGGGUCGUUCCGGCAACUUGUUCAAAAAAGGUCAUUCAAUUGAGAUCGAGCCAGUUGAAAACUUUGAGCAACGGAUAUUUGGUGGCAGUAAUGGGGGUAAUUCACAAUCUGAAUCCUUUUUCCAAAAGCUUGAUAGACUUUCAAAGGCUCGUGAUGGACCUGAUUCAAGACCGAAUGAACGAAAUAGUUCUGAAAUGGGGGAUGGUUUAGAUGAGAGUCUUAACACACUAGAAGAUGGAAUGGAUGAAAAGUUACAGAAAGCAGCUGAAUUUUUUGAGGAGGAUGAUGAAACGUCUGACGAAGAUUAUGAUUAUAGACCUGAUGCACGCUUUUCAGAGGGAGAUACUUAUGAUUUGCAGGAUCUGGAUCUUACAAAGCCAUUUGUACGUAGACCUGUAAAACGAGCUGAAUUUCACGUAACUACAGAGGAAGCUCUGAGUAAAGCUGAUUUUCGGAAUGUUAGAUUCCUUGCAAACUUCAUAACAGAGGCUGGAAUAAUUAUUAAGAGGAGCAAGACUGGCAUAAGCGCCAAAGCCCAGAGAAAGGUUGCAAGGGAGAUCAAAACAGCUCGAGCUUUUGGUCUGAUGCCUUUCACAACAAUGGGGACAAAAUCAUUUGUUUUCGGCAGAAGUAUGGAGAAUCUAAAUGAUGAUUUUCAAUAUCAGAGUUUUGAUCGGUCAGUUGAUGAUGGAAAAGAUUAG